AAACCACAUUUUUGAUAUCCGCCUCUCAACUGCCAGAACGUGAGAAUGUCGGAUAUUCAGAAAUAUCUGCUGGAUUUUGACAAGAAUAAGAAGGAGGCGACUGCAACUGCUCAGGCGAGUGCGACGCGACUGAAGAAUGGCGAAUUGAAGCUGAUUAGCUUGGUCACUGACCUUGGGGAGUAUUUGAACAGCGAAGAUGGUGCGACACGGUCCAAAACCAUGUCAUAUCUCGCAGAGGUACUUGCUGCCACUCCGCAAAAAGUUCUGUCCCUGCAGCAACGAAAUCUGCUAUGCGACUUUACCCUUUCUCGGACCGAAGACAACGAGGGCCUAGGAUCAUGCGCAAAGGCGUUGUUGGCGCUCGAGGAGCUCGGAAAGUGGGAUGACCAACGGGUCGUUGCUAUAGUCGAGGCGCUCCUCUCCAACACCCACCCAUUACGCCAGUACAAACAGCAGAGCGAGCGAUAUCCGGUACUACAACUCAUAAAUACCCUCAUGGCCAAGUACCGCGAAGUCCUUCGAGCCCACCACGAUACGACGCCCGACUUUAUGGCGCGCUUCAUAUCAUACUUUGACGGAGAGAAAGAUCCUCGGAACUUGAUGGUUGUGUUUUCGAUACUGAGGGUUCCGAUGACUGAGUGGAGUAUUGGCGGUGAUGCGCAAGAUCUGUUCGAUGCUGUAUUCAACUACUUUCCUAUUACGUUCCGACCACCACCCGACGACCCAUAUGGAAUUACCGCUCAGGACCUCAAGGACCGAUUACGAGACUGCAUUUCUUCCACAGCCGAUUUUGCUCCUUAUGCUUUCCCCGCGCUUCUGGAUAAGCUCGACUCUACAUCUAUGAACACAAAGCGAGAUGUGCUAACGACGAUCACUGCUUGUGUGGAAGAAUACGGACCAAAAACGGUGUCACUAUAUGCUGUGACAUUAUGGGACGCUCUGAAGUUUGAAGUACUCAAUGUGCAAGAGGAGGACCUCGCCCAAGAAGCGCUCAAAGCCCUGGCCGCAAUCGCAAAAACUCUAUCGCAGGGUACCCCAGGAUCGCUGAACGCAUAUCUCAAACCGGUCAUCAAGGAAUGCAACGAGCAUCUUGAAGAUGCCCCUACAAAGCAAUCACAAGCGUCCGCAAGGUUUCUACAAAGCAUUGCCAACGUAUCCCCAGAAGUCACUAGCAUUCUCCUCGCGGGAGUACUGCCCAACCUCUUUCUUUUGUUUCAAACGGCAGAUACAAUGGCCAAGCGCCGGGGUUUGUUGGAAGUUCUUGUUCAAUUGGUAAAAGCCAACAUUGAUGUUUACGGUGACUGGAGAAACAUAGGUUCAGGCGGCGAACAAGCCGGCAAGAAUUCGCUGGCUGAAUUCCGAGACCAGGCCCUGGAGGUGAUGCUGAAUGGACUUGAAACAGCGCCUGUCAAAGAGGUAUCUUUCCGGUUGGUAUGUCUCGAUGGUCUAGUCCAAUUGUCCAAAACCCGCGGACUUUUGAGCGAUGAGGAUGUUGGCAGGAUUAUCCAGUUGCUUCACACAAUUGUUGUUCACGAGGAAUCAUAUGGAAAAGAUGAGGUCAAGGAGGCGGCAAUUAACGGAAUCGUCGAAAUUGCACACCAGAAGCCGCAAGUUGUUGUUGAUAAGGCCUUUCCAGCUUUCCUGGCCCAGCUACCGGAUACAGACACAGGCGGAUCUCAGAGCUACUCUACCGUGCUCGAAGCUUUUGCUAAGCUCGCUAGCGAAGAACAGGUUUUUAACACCGUCAUAAUACGUCUCAAGAACAAAUUCAGCGUAGCGGUGCAGCAGGGUGCCUCUUCAACAUACAUUGUUGCACUCCUCUCGGCAAUCCUGUAUGCGCUAAAGAAGGGCGAACGCAAACUGUCUGAAGGUUCGGGAAGCUCGACAUACUACAAGGACAUUGCACUACCAUUGAUCCAACGCGUAUCGAGCUCAGAUGAGUCACAUCCGGUAGCAUUCAACGAUGAGACAACCAUAGAUCUUGUUGGUCGCAUCUGCAACCUAAUCAUCAGACACCUACCCACCGAUCAGCAAAGUGCUAUCGCUGCAGAAUUAUACACGCUGUUCCGUGGCACACCACAAACCGAACUUCCCCCUUUCAAUACCAGCGCAAGCGUAGAGGCUGACAAGACUAUGAUCGUUUCGACACAUCUCCUCGCGUCUUUCCGAAAAGACACAACACUUCCCUACGAGCUGCAGCUACUUGUUUCUUCUCUAGCAGAAUACGUCCAGAAACCCACACUCUCUGUCCCGGUUCGAUCAGCAUCGCUUCGUCAAAUGUCACUUAUCAUCAACAAGUACUACACAUCAGCCGCACUCAAGACAUGCAUGGAUCCUCUCAUCGCAAAUUUCGAUCUUUUGAACCCGGAAAAGCUAGACCCGCCACGGAUACGCAUAAUCUUUGCUUGUCUCAAGGGAAUCGUACUACGCAGCAGUCCCGCGCUGAAUACACUGUACCCAACACUGUUAUCCUUAUUGUCACACCCCAAGUACGGCAGCACGGUAGCCCAAGGCUUCACCACACUACUACAGCCCGACGAUCUCCUGACCAAAGAGAACCAUUGCCAGAUCGUCGGUCUGCACAAGCACAAGAGCUUCGCAUUGCUGGUUCCCAACAUCACAUCCGCUUUCCGCGACGCAGACGCUCAAACGAAGCCAAAUUACUUGAUUGCGCUCAGUGGAGCACUAAGAUGGAUGCCAUUUGACAUUGUAGUCGAGGAAGUCGGUCAACUCGUUACACUGCUCCUUCAAUCCCUCGACCUCAAAGGCGUCGAUGCCGUCAAAGAGGCAGCAAUUGGCACGCUGACCAGCACACUUGCUGAGAAACCAGCUGUUCUUGAAGAGCACGCUGGCGCACUCAUCUCCCGUCUUCUUGCCAACGCCAUUGUGGUCAAGGAUGGCAACACGGGUCCGCCUCCGCCGCCGAGCGUAAGGGUGGCGGCGCUCAAAUGCUUAUUCCUUGUAGCGGAUAAGUUUAAAGAGGAUACGCUGGUCAAGUAUCGGAGGGAGGUGGUUAGAAGGUUGAUUGCUGCGCUGGACGAUGGCAAGAGAGAGGUUAGGACUGCGGCGGUGAAAUGUAGAGCGAAGUGGCUGUUGGCUGAUGAGCCGGACGAUGAGUAGAAUUAUGCUGUAGCACUGAUAGAGUAUUUCUUUUUUAUAAGAAUUCACGAAAUUUUAACGA